GGAUUAACGUGUUCAGCCAGUAUUACCCUUGGACAGAGGAGGACCACAGUGUCAUGUCCACAAUCCUGCAGUCUUCUGUUACAGUUAACUGACACCAAAUACGUGAUUUUCAACUUCACCAUUUUCCCCACAUAGGUUUUAUGUUUUGUUUUGUAUUUUUUCAUGCUGGAAUGAAAUCCUGGUUCAGCCGAUCCAGCUGCAGAACUUUGGCAUUUAUAAUACACAUCUAUACCACAAUGACCCUUGUAAGCACAUGAAAUAUAUUACACCACAUACAUAAACAUUAAGGUGUACAAUCGUGUUCAAUUUGAAGCUCUCAUGUGCAAUGUGAUGUGAGUAUCAGACUGCGCAUGUGCAUGAGCAAAUAUAAAUGGCUCUGUUUUAUUCGUGAGUAUUGGGUCACUGGUCACUGGCCUUUGCAUGAAGGGGUUAAUUGAGUGAAGGGUUAAAUUGAGUCAAAUUGUAUUCUGGGUUUAAGUUCUCUGAUGUUUUUAGGUGAAUGAAAUGCAUCCUUGUAGGUCAAAAUCGACAUUUUGCCUUGAGAAAUAAGAAACUUAAAUUUGACUUAAAUUUGGGAAAGACUAUUGUGACUAAUUUGAUCGUCAAACUGAAUCUAAGACAGUGAAUCAAUGCUGACAAUCAAAUAGUGUCUUGGUCAGCCCUUCUGUUAUAUUUACUAAAUUUAGAAGUUUAUUUCGACUGUAUUCAAUUUCAAAUUUGUGGUUUUCACCCUAUAUUAUAUAUUUUUCUUGCUCUUUCUGCAACUACGGUAUGCAUCACAGAAUAACUGAACAAUGGUUUGCCAUUUUAUUGUCAAAUGUUAAAAUAACAGUUAUAUCUUUCUAGAUAGGCCUACAUUAAGGGCAUGAAACAGUUUAUUUUUAAUGAACUAGGUUGAGAUCUUUUGACGAAAAAAUACCUUUUAGUGUUUUCAAGUCCUAAAUAUUUUCAGCAGUUAUUUCACGUUUCAUUUUAUGUUUCAUCAAUGGUUUUAUGGGUCUAUUAAAUGGAGGCUAUUAGGAAAGACUAAUAUUUGUGUCAAUUUGGAUCAGCUUUACACAUAAUAUCUGAAAAGGUUGACCAUGUCAACAUAUUAAUCUGUUAUUAUUGAACAUUGUUAUUGUGGAAUAUGAUUGGGAUCUACUAUGAUAUUCAAAAUCUUGCUUCACUUUGGAAAGGUAAAUCUAAAAUAUUAGCAAAUUAUUGAAAAGAAAUUAAGGGAAUUUAAUAAUUUUUCUAAUGAUCACAAUCAGGUUUGUCUAUUGGUAAAUCAUGACCACACCAUAUAAGGGCAUUAUUUCACCAUGAAUUUGGUUUAAGUUUGGAAUGUAAAGCUGAUUCAACAUCAAACCUAUAUUUCAUUAUUUGAAACGGUUGUGCAAAAUAACAUAUGUAUUAUAUUGAGGCAUAGAGUUGAAAUCAGUUAGUUUGGAUGUCUAUUUUUGGCAGUUACUACUACACUAUCUAGCGUAUGGAUAGGAGGGCAUUAUGUCGAACCGUUUUUGCAUGCUGAUGUUCUUUGUCAUAUACAAGAAGCACAGUUUGUAAUUGAAUGCCAGUGUUGUUGACUUGGCUAUAUAUUUUUUCUGAGAUGUACAUUUCUGCACAGUAUAUGAGGGGAUCUGGUGAGUGAGGAGUUUGGCGGCCAUUACAGAUUUCGGAGGUUGAGUGCAUUGGCAUUGAACGACAUUGAAUCUAGAUGUAAAAGUUUGUUUUCCAGCAUUCAAUGUGAGUUCCAUCGAAAAAGUGACUGCAACUCACGGUCAUUGGGUUUUUUAAUAUAUUGUAUUGAGUGUGGUGUCUAAAAUGUAUGUGUUUAUAAGAUGACAAUGGUUUUAUUUUCAGAAGAAAAAUAUUUGUACUUUUUAUAAUCCACUAAAAGGCAGCUUUUGUCGCUGAUUGAUUGCCAAGACAAAUUUACUGUUAAAUGCAAUAUAAAAAUGUCACUUAGUAAAAAUAAAGAGGCAUUUUCAUCUUUAUGGAGGGGGUUGUCAUUUAAAUGAAGAACAAUUAUAUUAUCUAGUAUCAAUGUGUUAUUUUUCAUAUAAAUCGAUAGGUUACAUACUGAUCAAUAUUUAGGAAGAAGAACAUUAACACCGCUGGCCACAAGGGGGAGGCAAAUAUGAUAAAUCAGACUUGCUCCAUGAAAUAAUCGUUGAGGGGCUGAAGCAAGUACCCCGCCCACAUUUAGCUCCUCCUCGAUCUGCGGGCUGCAGUCAGGGGCACUUGCCUCGAUCUGCGGGCUGCAGUCAGGGGUUACUCGGCUGAAGAGCAUCAUAAGGUGGUUCUACUAAAGAGCCGCUGUGUGCCGACUCGAGCGUUCAUUGCAACCCAUUACAGAAAUGGAAUACUAUCAAGUCAAAUUGCACUAAAGACACAGGACAUUGUACAUAACUCUGAACCCAGGAAAGUGUGCGUCCAUGCUCUGCAAGGGAUUCUAGUAGCGAUAACAUUGACAUGAAGCAUUGCAAGCGGAGUUUUGCGUAAAGUAACCGGGAGCAGGACCAGAGGGACGGUGAGUGUGUGGGUCUGUACCCCGGGCCGGUCCUAUGGUGGCCGGCCGAAUCCUGGCCAUGGGCAACGGUUCUAUCAAAGCCCCGCGGGCGGAGCACAACAUCUGCCUGUGCAACAGAGACCCCGCCGGCUGGGAUGUGGAGCCCCUGAGACUACGUAUCACCCACCUGGAGGAGAAGCUUUCCCAGCGGGAGAAGGACUUCCAGGUGCAGGAGCUGCAGAUGCGUCUCCUCCGGCAGGAGCUGGAUGCCAAAACCACUCAGGUGGAAAAGCUCCAGGACGCUAUAGGCUGCUACAGCCACGCCAACGGCCACCUGGUGGGGACUCUACCCGCACCACACACCCCCCCGCUGCCCCUGGCCAGUGUCAUCGACCAGGGCUCCAGUAGCAGGUUCCACCGGGUGGCCGUAGAGGUCCACCGGCGCCUCAAGGCCAAGGAGGGGGUGUCGGCCGAGCCCACCUCAGGGGCCUACUCUGGGGGUGGAGGAGGGGGAGGUGGGGGUCGGGGGGUCUCUACCGCGGAGAGGGCUGUGGUCCGCAAAGACUCCAAUACCAAAAGGCUUAUCAACGCUGCGAUGGUGAAGAAUGACUUCCUGAAGAAGCUGGAGCCCCAGCACCUGAGGGACAUGGUGGACUGCAUGUACCCCAGGAAGUACACCCAGGGGCAGCUCGUCAUCCAGGAAGGGGAGCCUGGGAACUACCUCUACGUGCUCGCAGAGGGUCUUCUGGAGGUCAUCCAGAAUGGUAAACUGCUUGGAGAGAUGCGUCCAGGGACCGCCUUCGGAGAACUGGCGAUAUUGUACAACUGUAAAAGAACCGCCACCGUCAAAGCUGUGUCCUGCGCUCUCAUCUGGGCGUUGGACCGGCAGACCUUCCAGAGCAUCAUGAUGAGGACCACCAAGGCUCGCCAUGAAGAAUACUUUAACUUCCUACGCAGUGUUUCUCUGCUUAAGGAACUACCUGAGGAAAAGCUGGCAAAGAUCGCUGAUUGCCUUGAAGUUGAUUAUUUUAAUAGAGGAGAGUUUAUUAUCCGAGAGGGAGAAGAGGGUAACACUUUCUUCAUCAUAGCAAAAGGAGAGGUGUCGGUCACCCAGACCACAGAGGUCCACGGUCAGCCCAAGGAGAUCAAAACGCUGGGCGUGGGAGACUACUUUGGAGAGAAGGCCCUCAUAAGCGAAGAUGUCCGCUCGGCCAAUAUCGUCUGCAACACCAACGACACCCAGUGCCUGGUGGUGGACAGAGAGAACUUUAACCAGAUGGUGGGAACGUACGAGGAACUGCAGGCUUAUCUGAAGGAAUACGUUGAGGAACUCUCCCGCAGCGACGUGAAGAGAAACGCUCUGCCCCAGUCCCCGCAGGCAGACUCCCCGACGCAGCAGGAGUGGCGUCGGCUGCAGGACCGCCUGGCCCUGCUCCCCCACCACAUGCCCUUCCAGAGGCUGGAGGUCAUCGCCACCCUGGGCGUGGGGGGCUUUGGUCGCGUGGUGCUGGUGAAGCUGGAGGACGAGAGCUCCACCUUCGCCCUGAAGUGCAUCAAGAAGAAACACAUCGUGGACACCAGGCAGCAGGAACACAUCUACUCUGAGAAGAACAUCCUGCAGCUCACCAACUCACCCUUCAUAGUCAGGUUGUUCCGGACCUUCAGGGAUGACAGGUGUGUGUACCUGCUUCUGGAAGCCUGUCUGGGAGGAGAGCUAUGGAGUGUGCUUAGAGACAUGAACUUCUUUGAUGACCCGACGGGCCGGUUCUGCAUCGGCUGUGUGCUGGAGGCCUUCGAGUACCUCCACAUCCGGGGCAUCGUGUACCGGGACCUGAAGCCAGAGAACCUUCUGCUCGACUCGGAGGGCUACGUCAAAAUGGCAGACUUUGGCUUCGCUAAGAGGAUCGGCCUGGGGAAGAAGACCUGGACAUUCUGCGGGACCCCGGAGUAUGUGGCCCCAGAGGUGGUCAUGAACAAGGGCCAUGACUUUGGGGCCGACUGCUGGUCCCUGGGAAUUCUCAUCUUUGAGCUGCUCACUGGAAACCCGCCGUUCUCCGGCACAGACCCCAUUAAGAUCUACACCAUGGUGCUCCACGGCAUCGAGAAGGUCGACUUCCCCAAGAGGAUCGGCAAGCGGCCGGAUGACCUCAUCAGGAGACUCUGCAGGCUCAACCCGGUGGAGAGACUAGGUAACAAGAAGAACGGCAUCCUCGACAUUAAGAAGCACAAGUGGUUCCAGGGCUUCAACUGGGACGGCUUGCGGCACCAGAGGCUUGUAUCCCCCCUGAAGAGAGAGGUGCGAGGGCCGUUGGACCACAGCCACUUUGACGUGUUCCCCCCUGACCUGGAGGAACCCCCAGAGGAGCUGUCUGGCUGGGACAAAAACUUCUGAAGACCUCCAUGCUAUUCCUGGGUCUGCUGCGCCGAAUCAGACCUUGAACAAAACAGUCAUUCUGCGGCUUCUAAAACACCACAAACACGGAAGUUGUCCUUCCUGCUGUCGAUGAAGAAGUGCAGAAUUUUACUGAAUUGUUAAUGGGAAAAUUUUCCUAAAUUCCCUCUCUUUUGAUACUGUGUACACCAUUUCUCAGACAAUGGGUUUGACUACUCAAAUCAACUUUUUUCUACAUGGGAUCUUUUGUACUAAUGGUAUUCAUACGUAUAUUUGACAGCGUGGGCCUGGCUUGCUCGGAGAGCUUUGCUCCCUUGGAGGUCAUGAUAUCCUACUCGUGUGCGAGUCUAUAUUGUUGUGAGCUUGCGGCUUUUGGGAUAGCUAUUAUUUGAAUUGGUUAUUGAGACAGAGACAGCCGGUCCCACUGGAAGGAGGCUCAUUGGCUGGGUCAGAGGUCGUAGAGGCACAGCUGCAUAGCAUCAGACCUGAAUGUAAUGAACACACAAGCAACGGAUUGACCUGAAGUGCCAAAAAUGAAGAACAGGCCAAUGCCUAAAACGCACUAUGUAUGACUAUGUGUGUAUCACAUAAGUUGUUGAAGAAACCUGUCCACAUCUAGGACUAGAAUCUUUUCAAAGAUGACCACUUUUUCAAGGACUAGUCAUCCUUCACACCUGAGCGACAUGUAUGUUUUAAGGAAUUUUCUUCUGUAUUUUUGUCCUAAAUGAGCAAUUUGCUAAUGCCUCUCUUAACUGUAUUUCUAAAUGUGAUUUUCAUGUUGAGGAUGAAAAUAUAAUUAAAAUGUUUCUUUAAUACGAGUUCAGUUUAUUACAUUUACUUGUCAGGGACCAUAAACCAACACAAUAAUCUUGCACAAGGAUAGGAGAUGCAUUGCAAGAGAUGUAUACUAGAUGGUUCUCAUCUGCAGUCGCUGUACUCCAAAAACUAUAAUAGCAUUUUAAUUAUUAUGGCUAUAAUGUAAUACAUGAUCAGUCUCUCCAGUGAAUAUGACAUUAUAAAUGAAAGAUGCACGGUAAAUAAAUAAAA